AUGGAUCAAACGGCGGAGGAGAAGCAGGUGAGAGAGAGAAUCAGAAAGAAAGUUAACCAAGUCAGUUCUGUUUCGCAGUCUCUUCUCUCUCCAAUUCAAGAUCACAUCAGUUUCACUCUUCAGAAAGCUUAUUUCAAAUGCGCGUACGAGUGCUUUGACAGGACAAGAACACACGCUGAGAUUAGCAGAUGCGCAGAGACUUGCAGUGUUCCAAUCACAAAUGCGCAGAACCAUUUGGGUAAUGAGAUGUCUGUCUUCCAAGAGAGGUUGAAUAGGUCUCUUGUGGUUUGUCAAGACAAGUUUGAGGCAGCUAAGCUCCAGAAGACGAGAAAUGAAGCGGUAAGUGAUUUGGAGCAGUGUGUGAACCAAACUGUUGAUGAGGCUGUCAAGACAUUGCCUAAUCUCGUCGCAAGAAUGAAGAAAGCUUUGUCAAUCAUUGACUGA